AGUGCUACGUUUCAUUACGGUAGUCGUCCCAACUAGCGGCUCGUGAAGCAGGAGCCCAGACGGAAUUAUCAACAGCAGACACCGCGGAGUUGCCGUCCAAGAUUGAUGUCUUUACUUCUUCUCGGACCGCGCAGACAUUUCCAUCCAGACCGACAGACCUCUACGGCUACUCCGGCCCGCCCACCCUCUCCCGGUACCGUGCGGCUGCAGCGACCGUCAUCUCAGCCUCAAAACUAACGGGAUGACGGAGAGAACCAGCCUCCCCACGUACUGGCACGGCGAGGCAACGUUCACGGGCUGCAGGAAUUUCUACCAGCACUGAGGCUGCGACUUGGAGAUUUGAAGAGGAACUUUGGACCCGUGGUUGAAUGAAGCUGGAGGGAUUGGUGGACUACCCUUUAGCUCGAGGCGGUUGAACUAGAUCACAACGCUGAAACACUGAGAAAUGUGGCACACUCAAGUAGAUAAUAGUCUCUCUCUAUUAGUGUAAUCGGGUCUACCGCAGGCCUCGUCAGAUGUAAAACAGCUGGAUUAUCAGGCCAUCAAUAUCAUGGUUAAUCUGUCAUCAUGACGGUUGGCGUCUCCGUCACCUUGUGUCUCAGGACUACAGCGGCCUAACAGACAUUCUGGGAAAGAACGGAGCUACUGGAGGGCACCAUGGACUACCAUGCCGAGUGCUGCUUCAGCGACUUCGAGGAGGGUCAGGGCGGCCCGGACGAGCCGCCCCUCCACAGCAUCCACGCACCCAACCGGAUCCGCCCGUCCUCCUACCGAGCCCUGAGGAGCGCUGUGUCCAGUCUGGCGCGCAUCGACGACUUCUUCUGUGAGAAGAUAGGUUCGGGCUUCUUCUCUGAGGUCUUCAAGGUGCAGCACCGGAUCACGGGGCAGGUGAUGGCGCUGAAGAUGAACACUCUGGCGAGCAACAAAGCUAACAUGCUCCGAGAGGUGCAGCUCUUGAACCGGCUUUGCCACCCCAACAUACUCAGGUUUCUUGGGGUUUGUGUGCAUGAAGGUCAACUCCACGCCCUGACUGAGUAUAUAAAUGGAGGCAACCUGGAGCAGCUGUUGGACAGUGAUCUGUUCCUGUCGUGGUGCGUCAGAAUUGGUCUGUCUCUGGAUAUCUCCCGAGGGCUGCAGUACCUGCACAACAAGGGCAUAUUCCACAGAGACCUCACUUCCAAGAACUGUCUGGUUCGCUGUGAUAACGGCAUGUUUACUGCUGUGGUGGGAGACUUCGGCCUAGCAGAGAAGAUCCCUGAUUACAGUGAUGGAGUAGGGAAGCAGCCUCUGGCCAUCGUGGGCUCCCCCUACUGGAUGGCCCCUGAAGUUCUGAGAGGGGAGCUGUACGAUGAGAAGGUGGACGUGUUUGCGUACGGCAUCAUCCUGUGUGAGAUCAUCGCUCGGAUUGAAGCCGACCCUGACUUCUUACCCAGGACAGAGGACUUUGGUCUGGACGUGGAUGCGUUUGAGAACAUGGUUGGGGAUUGUCCAGCUGCAUUCUUAAGCCUCGCUGUCACCUGCUGUAAUAUGAGUGCAGAGAGGCGUCCCUCAUUCUUUGACAUUGUCUUCACAUUGGAGGGCAUGGAGAGAGAAGAAGAGAGAGAGACGGCCAUUGCACUCGACCCAGUGGCGGUAGAAGCUAGCCCGUAUCGGCGCUGCAGCUCUCCUUGUGACCGAAGCCAGCAACGGCAAGGCUUGGCGAGGAGCCAGUCAGACAUGUUACCCCCGGCCACCCUGACUCCUCCUCUCCUCGGGACCCCCGUGCGAGUCAACCCCUUCUCUCUCAGACAGGACCUAAAUGGGGGGCGUUGUAAACUUUUAGACACUCCUAGCAAGUCCGUCAUCUCCCUGACCUUUACCCUCCCUGCGCUUCGCGACCCGUGUUCCUCCCCUCAACUUCUCAGAGGGAUGCCUGGGACGCAAGCUCUGCCGAGGAGAUGCCAGUCGCUCCCCUGUACUCCAGAGCUCAGCCGGACUGUAGCCUUGCCACGAGAGACUGAGGGGAAGGAGGAGGAAAAGGAGGAUGAUGUCAGAGCGGCGCUUAGAAGAGGGACAGUGGAGGACGACAUGAGGAAGGAGACAGGGCUGUCAGAGAAGACAGGUGAAAGGUUGCAGGUCAAGCAAAUGAAGAUAACUGAGAAGAGAGAGUUGUUGAAGGAGGAGGAUGGGAUGGGAGAGGAUUCAGGGCUUCCUGUGGAGCUGGAGAUGGUGUCUCUGAAACAGCUACAGGAGGUGGAGGAAGAGGAGGGUGUAUGUCUAACAGAACCCAUGGACUGUACCAAAUCUCCAGAGCCAGCCAAUGGAGUCAUGGACUCCACACCUAGAAGACCCCUGCUCAGCUCCGCUUGUUCCUCCUUACAGACCAAUGGCUGGCGACUUCCCAUUUCCAACGGACCGCCCUCUUUGCCUGCUCUGCCACGAUUGGACAACAACAACGGCUCGUCCCUUGUAAUUGGCCAGCAGGUACAGUGGGGUGGAGGAGGGCGUGCUAACGGUUACAGCGGAGCCCAGGUCCAGUCCUUUGACCCUAGUGGCCACUCUGAGCAGGAUGAGGUCAUUUCCUGUCCAGGCUGCUGUCUGGUAGGUCUCAGUUUUCCCUCUCUGUGCCUCCGUGGUUCAGCUGCUCUACCUGCCCCCCGCCGAAGGGCUUCGUUACCACGGCAGCGACCCUACCGCAACCUCAACGGUACCAUAACUGGUGGCAGCACUUCCUUGUCAACAACGGCCUCCACAGCAGCCAAAGCUCUACUGUGUCGCAGCACAAAUGGACUAGUAGUUGGGGGGGCCUCGGUGCCAUGUGAACCCGGCCGGUCCCUGCCCGAGGCCCAGACAUAGAGGUGGAGUGCAACGCGUCAUGUUGGAAUGCAACGCAUCAUGUUGUGAAAACCACGCCCAUUAAAGGGGAAAACAAUCGGCAACACAAUAUGAAACCAAGGUCUGAAGGGCUAACAAAAUGCUAGGAACUAGCUAAAAUGAUAGAUUUCAGCAUAUCAGAGGAUGCUUUUAUCAACCUAUGUCUACCAGGGGUGUAGCUCAUAACUAAAAUGUUGAUGGAACAAGUUAGCUGUCAGCAAGCUAAUGUUAUCUAUGUUUCUGCAAGUUGCUGUAGCAACGCUAAGGCAAACGUAAUAGGGCAUUGCUUUCUGAUGUAUCCACAUUCCACAAUGACAUGAGUUGCAAACUGUCAAAAUACACAGUACAAAGUUGAUGGAGAGUCAUCAACUGUUUACUUCUCCGGUGGGGGCGGGACUUAAUUGUGCUGUUCCUCUUUGAGCCUGCAGAUUUUGAACACGUGACACGCACCAGCACUAAAUAUUAGCGCUCGGGCUAAGCAACACUAAAUGUUGCUGUGCUAACUUUGUGAAGCCAAUGCUGAGAUGCCUAAAGAGGUAAAGCAGUGCUGAACCUACCAGGGUUCUAAUACAAUGGGCUGAGCCGGGCUACAAACUGAACACUGAACAGUCAAGGUCAACUACACUCAUCACUGCUGGUCCCUAAACACUGUUUGUGAUUAUAUGUAAUUGACAGUAGCUACAGGGGCAAUAUUUAUAAAAUUAAUAAAGAUGAUUUAUAUCCUACAUUUUUAUAGCAGUUGACCUGCCCGUGUGUGUGUGUGUGUGUUUGUGUGAGAGAGAGAGAGAGAGAACAAGCUAAUAUCUGUUGCUUUGGGGUACUUUGCAGUAAGACACCAGGCUUUUACUUGACGAUGCUUUAUUUAAAUCUGCUACCGAUGUUUGUAAUGCGUGUGUGUCUGUGUGUGUGCUUCUGGCCCAACUAUACACACCGUUCAUUCUUUGACAUCCACUCCCCCUCACAUGUAUCUUGUGUGUUUACAUGUGCAUUUUUAUUACACCGAUUUAACUUAAAUGUGAUAUGUGAAGCCGGUAUGCAUAUGUAUUGUACAGAUCAUUCCACACACUGUGUGUGUAAGUGCUUUUGAACGGAGAGUAGAGUGACAGAUUCUUGCAGGAUUACUUUUUCAUCCCGUCAUUUUGAUGUUAAACCGGUUCUCGCUUUAUGUUCUUUUCUUCUUCUAUACAGCCAUAAAUCUGCGUGCAAUAAUCUGGUAAUAAAGAAAUAUGGUUGUGCACAAACU